AUGGCGGCCAAGAUGAGGGCGGCCGGUGAUGUGUGGUCCAAGCUCCCAGACGAAAUUCUCGGCGAGGUCUACGGCCGGAUCGCUUCUCCGCUGCACCGCGUCCGCUUCGCCGCAGUCUGUCGCUCAUGGCGCGUCGUUAAAUCGUGGCAACAGCCGGCGCCGACCUUCCCGUGGCUGAUCCUCUCGUCACGGGACGACGACGACGACACGGCGAAGCGGGUGUUCUGCCCCGCGGAUGGCGAGCUCCUACGCGUCUCGCUCCCGCCCGAGGCGAUCGGCAAGCGGCUGGUCGGGUUUCAUGAUGGGGGCUGGAUCGCCGUCACGUCCGCCAUUGCCGGUGGUGAGUCACCACUGAUCGUCAAUAUCUUUUCUGGGGUCGAGGUGCCACUCUCCGCCAAGCAAAGCACCACGCCAUGGAUCAAGAAGCUAAUCUUUUCGGAGGCCCCCACAUCCAAUCACUGUGUCCUUGCCGCCAUCCUCGCGGACAGGCUCGCUGUGUGCAGAGUUGGAUCCCAAAGCCAUAAUAAUCAGUGGAUAUCACAAUGGUGUUACUCUUACGAUGACAUUGCUUUCGGCCAUGGGAAGCUCUAUGGCUUGCUUAGAAACUAUCUAUUCAUGCACGACAUUCACAUGACCAACGAAGGUAAUCCGGUGGUCAGCACGCCCCACAUACUGCGCACGAACCCACUACCCAAGUUUGAGGGAACUGGAUUCCACAUCAGCUACAUCCUUAAGCACGGCAACAAGUUGUUGAUGGCCAAAAGAGCAUGGUGGUCACAAGAGAACAAGGGCUUUUUCUUCAAAGUGUUUGAGCUCGCCAAGACUAGUAAUACACGUCCCGCCUAUGGAUGGACAGAAGUGACAACAUUAGAUGAUCAUGCCUUGUUCUUGAGUGCCAAUUGCUCCAGGAUGGUGUGCCUACCAGCAGACAGGCGUGACGGAGUAGAGAGUAACCACAUAUACUACAACAAUAUCAAAUUAAUAGGUGAUGAUAAGUCCAUAUAUAAUGAUGUAGAUUUGACAAAAUGUGACAAUGGCCAACAUUUGUACUGUGGGAAAGACCGCAAGUUCAAUGGUGUUGCUAUGAUUAUGUCUGUGAGAUACUACGUCACUAGUAGCGACCAUAACAAUCUCAUGUGGCUUCUUCCUCCAGAUCUCUAG